AUUACUGACAUUUUUGAUUGUAAAAUUAAAGUGUGAAAGAUCUCUAAUGUUUGCUGAUGUGAAUAGAAUUAAACUGAUCUGUAUGGAAGUAUCUCCACUCAUCCAACUCUACAACAGCCCUCAUGUUGUAAAGAUGGACACAUUGCAGUGCAGCAGCCAGUGGCUUUACAGAUGGGGGGGGGGGGGGGUGGUGGUGAUGGUGGGAGGGGGCGUGCAGCUACAAGAAUGACAACUGGCACAGGUGUAGGUCCACAGUGUACACGUCUGAGGGCUACAGUGUCACAUUGAAUUUGACAUGCAAACACCAGGCAGUGACUUUAACCAUCAUAGUGGCCAAAGCUUCUCAGUAGACAUGGUGGACACCCAGCAGCUCCUGGCCUGGCCUGUGGGUUUCAGUCUAAGCCCUGUGGACCUGUCAGAACUGGACGACAGCUCCCACUCCCUUGACAUGAAGCAUCUGGCCACGUUAGACUAUGCCUCCAUCUCCACCUCCUCCAUUCCAUCCUCCCUGUCUCCGCCCUCACUCAUAUCCUCCGUCUCCUCCGCUGGGAUGACCUACGACCUCAGCCCACCGCAGAGUGAGGAGCAUCUGACCAACAUGGACUACACCAGCAUGCACAGCUACAGGACGGAGGCGGACACACACAAUCCAAUCAAAAUGGAGCCUGAGUCCCCUCCACAGUACUCUGACAGUCCGGUGUUCUCCAAGCUCCAGGAUGACACAUCAGCAACAGCGUUAAACAUCGAGUGUCGAGUGUGUGGGGACAAAGCCUCGGGGUUCCACUACGGCGUCCACGCCUGUGAGGGCUGUAAGGGUUUCUUCAGACGCACAAUCAGGUUAAAGUUGGUGUAUGAUCAUUGUGAUCUUCACUGUCGCAUUCACAAGAAGUCUCGCAACAAAUGUCAGUACUGCCGCUUCCAAAAGUGCCUUAAUGUGGGCAUGUCACACAAUGCCAUUCGUUUUGGCCGUAUGCCCCAAGCGGAGAAGGAGAAACUGUUGGCUGAAUUUUCGUCUGACAUGGAGCACAUGCACCCGGCGGCUGCAGAUCUGAGGGCUUUGGCUCGGCAUCUGUAUGAGGCCUAUCUGAAAUACUUCCCUCUCACCAAGGCCAAGGCCAGGGCCAUCCUUUCUGGGAAGACUGGAGACAAUCCUUUUGUCAUUCAUGACAUGAAGUCCUUAAUGGAAGGAGAGCAGUUCAUCAACUGUAGACUACCCAUCCAGAAACACCAGCAGCACACCUCCACUCUAACAGGCCCACAUGGAGGAGUUCACUUGGGUUCAGAGUAUGGGGUUGUGGGCAUGACAAACAUCAGCGGACAGAGGCCUACAGACACGGAUGCCGUGGAGCUGCGUUUCUUCCAGAGCUGUCAAUCACGCUCGGCCGAAGCAGUGAGAGAAGUGACGGAGUUCGCCAAGAGCAUCCCAGGAUUCAUUGAACUGGAUCUCAACGAUCAGGUGACUUUGCUAAAGUACGGGGUGAUUGAGGUCUUGAUCAUCAUGAUGGCGCCUCUGAUGAACAAAGACGGGACCUUGAUCUCAUACGGGCAGAUUUUCAUGACGCGAGAGUUCCUCAAGAGCCUCAGGAAACCGUUCGGUCAAAUGAUGGAGCCAAAGUUUGAGUUCUCUGUCAAGUUCAACAUGCUGGAGUUGGAUGACAGUGACAUGGCGCUAUUUCUGGCCGUCAUUAUCCUCAGUGGUGACCGUCCAGGCCUGCUGAAUGUGAAGCCCAUCGAGCAGCUUCAGGAAACAGUUCUCCAUUCACUGGAGCUCCAGCUGAAACUGAACCACCCAGACUCUCUGCAGCUGUUUGCCAAGCUGCUUCAGAAGAUGACGGACCUGCGUCAGAUAGUUACUGACCAUGUCCAAGUCAUCCAGCUGCUGAAGAAGACAGAGAUGGACAUAUGCUUACACCCACUGCUGCAAGAGAUCAUGAAGGACUUGUAUUAGAAAUAACAGUUGGAGAUGAUUAUUGUUAAAAUCAAAAGUUCAGAUUAAGCACUUUUGUGUUUCUGGUGUGUUGAAAAAAAGGGAGGAGGCCAGACAAGCUGACUGACUGAAAUUGAGAAAGAGAUGGGGAAGAAAAGAGAAAUCAAGGAAAGAAAGAGUCUCAGUGUUAGAUCUUGUCUAGACGGCAGCAUGUGAAUAACUUGCGGUGCACAGUCAUUUAGUGACUGCUGAGCCUCGAUUUUUUUGUUAUGAGUCGACUGCCAACUUAAAUAUGAAACUACUACCUAUCGCACCAAUCAGGAUGUGAGUCUGUGACUGACUGUAAGAGAGGAGGCUUUUGUCAUUGGCAGGCUCGAGUGCAAAUUUUGCUUCAUGCGCCUUAAGAGAAAUGUAUCACUGUGAAUAUUUGACCACAUGUGUCAGACAGCGCAGCGUGUGGUGUUUAUGUGCAGCAUAUCUACAUGUUGCAUUGCUACUGUCAUAGGCAGCAGUGUGUACGUGCUAUACAACCUCUGUGAACACGCACAAAUGCAUUUGUGGUCCCGUAUGUACACAAGCAUGCACAGACCUGUUCUGGCAUCAGGGUGAAGGUGCUAUCUUUUCUAAUCAGCUUAUCCAAAGACAGAAAUCUGAUUAUUGCCUGUAACAUAUUUUCUUGCUGAAACUGUGAGGUUUGAAGACAACAAAAAGCACAUUGCUGUGAUGUGGGCUCUUUGUUGAAAAAUGACACAUUAUAAGCCAUAUUGUGCCUUCAACUUUUUUUUUUGUGAAGUAAGUGCUGUUUAAGCAACAUAUAAUAUACAUAUAUAUGUAUAAUAUUAUUUUGUAUAGAAGAAUUGCUUGUACACCUUUGUCUUAAAUUCUGAAAAAGCAUUUUAG